AACAAACACUACAAUGGCCAACCCUUCAACUCAAAACCCUUUCACUGUUUCCCUUAUGCUCUUAGUGUUUUGCCUCUCGCUAAUCACCACAGCCAAAUCAGACUCUUUUUCUUUCAACCUACCCAGUUUUGAGACAGGUCUCAGAAGCAUACUAGUAGGUGAUGAUGCCAAGACAGUAGAUGGAGUGUUACAACUCACCAACAAGGACACAAGUGGCAAUCCAACUCAACAAAGCGUUGGCCUCGCAGCAUACUUCGGACCACUUCAUCUCUCUGACGCAAAAACUGGAAAACUCGCAGACUUCGACACCGAGUUCUCCUUCGUUGUCAACACACAUGGUGCAUCAUUGCACGGCGAUGGCUUCACCUUCUUUCUUGCAUCAGUCGAUUUUGAGUUCCCAGACAACUCCACUGGCGGCUUCCUCGGACUUUUCAACCAGGAAACAGCAUUCAACACUUCCCUAAACCAAGUGGUUGCUGUUGAGUUUGAUAGCUUCGCAAAUGAAUGGGACCCUAACUUCCCACAGUCCGAUUCUCCUCACAUAGGAAUUGACAUCAAUUCCAUUAGGUCCGUGGCAACUGCGCCGUGGCCACUUGAUAUUCAACAAGGAUCAAUAGGAAAGGCUCGCAUAAGCUAUCAAUCCUCCGCCAAAAUAUUGAGUGUCUCGGUGGCUUAUCCGGAUAGUUCUACGAGUCCGAACACCGCUGUUUUAUCGUAUCCCGUCAAUUUAGGGAGUGUUUUGUCAGAAUGGGUCCUGAUCGGUUUUUCUGGUACCACCGGCGACUUGGUUGAAACUCACGACAUUCUUUCCUGGUCUUUCCAUUCCUUCUUGUAG